CAUUACAAACAUUCUUUAAGCUAAUUAGUUAAGUUUGCAUUAUAUACAUUUAUUGUCAACUAUGGCUUCUUCCAAUAGCAGCUUGAAGUUCAUCGUUGCUCUCGCACUGGUGUUUGCCACAUCGGCUUAUUUAGCCACAUCUCGAACACUAUAUGAUUCAUUGAUGGUGGAGAGGCACGAGCAGUGGAUGGCUCAAUAUGGGCGUGUUUACACAGACGAGUUAGAGAAGGCAAAGCGAUACAAUAUUUUCAAAGGAAAUGUGGAGUACAUUGAGUCCUUCAAUAAGGCAGGAACCGAGCCUUAUAAGCUAGGCAUCAAUCAAUUUGUGGAUUUGACAAACCAGGAAUUCCAAGCAUAUCGGAAUGGGUAUAAAUUAUUGCCGUCUUCCAAAAAGCUGUUUAGGUAUGAAAAUGUUGGUGUGGUUCCAGCUGCGGUGGAUUGGAGGACGAAGGGAGCUGUUACUCCAGUUAAAGAUCAAGGCCAAUGUGGAUCUUGUUGGGCCUUUUCGGCUGUUGCUGCCGUGGAAGGAAUCACCAAACUCUCAACCGGUAAGUUGAUGUCAUUGUCGGAGCAAGAGCUCGUAGACUGCGACGUAAAGGGCGAAGAUCAAGGCUGCGAAGGAGGCCUAAUGGACGAUGCUUUCCAGUUCAUAAUAAACAACAAAGGCCUCACAACCGAAUCCAACUACCCAUACCAAGGAACCGACGGCUCCUGCAAGAAAAGCAAGUCAUCCAACAGCGCGGCAAAGAUCACCGGCUACGAAGAUGUCCCCGCUAACAGCGAGUCCGCCUUGGAGAAGGCCGUGGCCAAGCAGCCCGUAUCCGUGGCCAUAGACGCCAGCGGAGCGGAUUUCCAGUUGUAUUCUAGCGGCGUCUUCACGGGAGAAUGCGGGACGGACUUGGAUCACGGCGUGACGGUAGUUGGUUACGGGAAAACGGAGAAUGGGACUAAGUAUUGGUUGGUUAAGAACUCGUGGGGGACAAGCUGGGGUGAGAAAGGUUACAUUAGAAUGCAGAAAGACAUUGACGCUAAGGAAGGCCUUUGUGGUAUUGCCAUGAAAGCAUCAUAUCCAACUGCUUAAUUCAUUCACUAAACCUACCCAUCCGCCCAUUAAUUUAUCUUAAUUGUUUUCUUCAAUCUUGAUUUCGUGUGUUUCAUAUAAUUUUAAUGCAUACUCUACUGUAUUAGAUUCAUAUUGUACUGGAUCGGAUUUAUUCAUAUUUUUUCCAUAAUAAUAAAUAAAGGAAACGUUGCUGUCUUCUUAUGCAAA